GAAACCGACCAAUCGUUGAUAAAAUAGGUAAAGGAAAGCGCGUCCCCGUCGGCAGCUGUGUUUCUCUACAGUGUGAAGAGCGCAUCUUGUGUUCAGUCUAUUUCCAUAAUACAGACCAAAAGACACCUGCAAAAAUGUCCGAAGACAAGCCAAAGGAGGGAGUGAAAACUGAGAACGACCACAUCAAUCUGAAGGUGGCGGGACAGGAUGGCUCAGUGGUCCAGUUCAAAAUUAAAAGGCACACACCACUCAGCAAAUUAAUGAAAGCGUACUGUGAAAGACAGGGUUUGUCGAUAAGACAGAUUAGAUUUAGAUUUGACGGGCAACCAAUUAACGAGACAGACACACCGGCGCAGUUGGAGAUGGAGGAUGAAGACACGAUUGACGUAUUUCAGCAACAAACUGGCGGCUUCUGCUAAAACUCCACACCACCUGGACCCCUCACUUAUCUAUUUUAUUCCUCAUGAUGUUUCAUUCAGAUGCUUUCACAUCGUUUCCCCUUCUCUUUGCCUUUUCUUCUGUCAUCCCUAGCUUUCCUAGAGUGGGCAUCGCAAUUGUGUUUCCAGUAAUAUUUAUAUAUUGCGUAAUGGUAAGACAGCUACUGUUUUGGGGGAACAAACUCAUGAGGGUUGCCACAGAGCGUAGUUGUUCAGAUCAUCAACAACCAGCCACCACGCACAACGGUUUUAAAUUGCUCCCAACACUGAUUCACUCAACAAGCCCAGGGAAACAUUGACCCCUACAAAGUAUAUUCGCCCAAUAAAAAGUGAGGAAGCAUAUUUUCUUAUUCUUCACCUUUCAAUUCUUAAGAACUUUAAAUAGACCCGUUUCAACUCCAAUUCUAUUUGCCUGUAUGUGUUGUAGAAAUAUGUUCAACCAGUGUUGUAUUCAUCUGCCUUUUUAAUGGGGCCGCUUCUCGUAUGAGCUCACUGUAGGGACGGGAUCUGUGAACCAUCUUGUUGGUCGUUUAAAAAUGAAGACUACUUGACACAAUAUACAGUUACCCCAUCUGGACCAAACCCCAAAGAUGGUACUCGAUUAGCUGAUGAGGGCAGGAUUACACCAACUAGUUUAUACUUUUAAAUCUCCGUAGAAAUAUAUCCAUUUACCAUUCCCAUUUCCUCUUAUGUUGUGUUUGAGGAGACCGGAACGAUAAAAUAAAAAAAAAGACCAAUAGAUAUUUUUACCUGUUUAUUACCCCCCACCCCAGGGUCUUGAAGCAGAACUAAAGGGAACCCUUUCUGCUAGGACUGGUCUGAUCUCCUAACAUCUCUUGCCCUCCCUCUAUCAUUCAUAUGACUGAAAGGAAGAGAGGAUUUUAAGAGUUGACUCAAAGAUUUCCAGAUUUUGGCAUCCCUCUGUACUGAUGUUUUUUUUUUUUUUUUUGUCCUUUACUACUGUAAACAAUAAAUAGUUUUUUUUUUUUUUUGGCAGAUGCUUUUUCAUCAUGUCCAAAGAGUGCAUUUUUAAAAAUUCUUUAACCAUGUCAUCAAAUAUGAAGCCUGUAGAAAAUCUUAUAGAAGCACAAUGAUGCAUCCUUUAACAAGAUGUCAAAAGUUUCUUUAUACACAGUUGUUACAUGUAUAAAACAUACAAAACAUGAGAUGAAGUGUCAAAGAUUCAAUAUAAAAUAUAAAUAACAUCUGGAGUGUCACAAAGGCACUUGAGUGUACAUGUCACACAUGUAGCUUUUUGCAUUGUCUUAGAAGACGAGAUGCAGUGUCUUCAUGUCCACAUUUAAGGUUAAAAUAGAUUUCUAAAAAUCUACAGUAAGUUACAGAGAACAAUGCUUGUAAAACACUUUUCUUAAACUGAAGUGCAGAACUGCUAAAUAAAAUAAAAAAAUCUUG